AUGACUGAGUUCUGGCUUAUAUCAGUUCCUGGGGAUAAAACAUGCCAACAAACGUGGGAGAAACUACAGGCAGCAACGACCAAAAGUAAUCUCUCUACUAAUUCAAAAUUCAACAUUCCUGAAUUAAAGGUUGGCACCCUGGAUGUUUUAGUUGGAUUAUCAGAUGAAUUGGACAAACUGGAUUCAUUUGUGGAGAUAGUUAUUAGGGAAUUGGCUACCUAUAUGGCUGACGUACUAGAGGAUAGUGAAGAUAAAGUUGGAGAAAACCUAUUGGCUGAUGGAGUUGACUUUGUUACAUAUAUAACAAGGUUCCAAUGGAAUAUGGCCAAGUAUCCAAUCACAGAGUCAGUGAAAAAUAUUACAGAAAUAAUUGCCAAGGGAACAAAACAAAUUAACAAUGACUUCAGAGCCCGAGCAGCUUCAUAUAAUGAACUGAAAGGAAAUCUUCAAAGUUUGGAAAAAAAGAAUGCAGGAAGUUUAUUAACUAGAAGCCUAGCACACAUUGUAAAGAAAGAUGAUUUUGUCCUUGAUUCCGAAUAUCUCAUCACAUUAUUGGUGAUCAUUCCAAAGCCAUACCACAAUGACUGGGUUAAACAAUAUGAGACAUUGACUGAUAUGGUAGUCCCAAGGUCUAGCCAUCUUAUUUCAGAAGACCAAGAUAAUUACCUGUGCACCGUUACCUUAUUUAGAAAGGCAGUAACUGAGUUCAUAAACAAAGCCAGAGAGAAGAAGUUCAUUGUCCGUGAUUUUGAGUAUAAUGAAGAGCAGUUGAAAGCGGAGAAAGAGGAGAUGAACAGUAUCUCUACUGACAAAAAGAAGCAGUUUGGACCACUUAUUAGGUGGCUGAAAGUAAAUUUCAGUGAAGCUUUCAUAGCAUGGAUUCAUGUGAAAGCAUUAAGAAUUUUUGUUGAGUCUGUUUUAAGAUAUGGAUUGCCAGUCAACUUCCAGGCAAUGUUACUUCAACCCACUAUGAAAACCACAAAGAAACUGAGAGAGGUAUUGCAUGAUUUGUACAAACACCUGGACAGUAGUACAGCAGCCAUUAUUGACCUUCCUGUGGAUGUUCCAGGCUUAAAGUUCAGUGAACACGAAUAUUAUCCCUAUGUGUACUGCAAGAUUGAUUGCAAUCUAUUGCAUUUAAAGUAA